UACGCAGUUCCAUCACGUAGCUUCAUUGUCGUCCUUUGUAACGUCAGCCGCCUUAGUUACGUUAGAAACGGUCUUCUUCUCUUCGAUUGAACAGACGUUUUUUUUCAGCUCCGAGCGAUUAAGUAAAUAUUAUUGGUUAUUACUCAUCCUAGGCGAUAGAAUCUUCUACAUAAUGUUUAGUGCUAUGAACAUGAUUACGUCGUGGAAGCAUUUUGUCACAGGACAUACCAUGGAUUAUUUUAGUAAGCUACAAGGAGAAGACAACACUCCAAAACAUGUAACAGGAUAUCUGGACACCGUCCUUGAUGUUAGCAUGCAAACAAUGGAGUUUAUACCUGAGUACACUAGGUACUAUUUUGAAAAACUAUCCGAAACCACCAGCAAAGCCAAUGAAUAUUCAUCGGAGUAUUUGAAGUGUUACUGGAACUCAGCACUAGGCUAUAAUAGUCUACUAACAAGCAUGACAAAAGAUUACAUUGAAGAUAUGGUAAAUCCUGCAUUACAACAGUCAACCGAUGUAGCUGAAUAUGCAUACAACAACGCAGUCCAGCCAGCUGUUAGAUGUACUAUUGACUCUGCUUUAGCCUUCAUUUCAUUCUUAGAAUAUUACCUAGCUGACUUCAGUAAAAUACAGUUAUUCUGUAUAUUGCUCCUCUUCUUCCUGUUCUUUGGGAUGCAAAUGAAUAUCAUGCAGACAAGAAAGCAUCAGAAAGAUAUGAAAGUUUACAGAAGUCUUUUGAAUCAUUCCAUCUGGAUAAAGGACACAACAUCUGACGAAAUGGAAGAGGUCACCAGACGCCUUAAAAGAAACAAAAGAAGUAGAAUUCCAAAGACAAUUUCUCGCAUAGAAAAUCUUUACAAACUUUUGGACAACAGUUUUGACAAGCGCACUAGGCUGUUAGACGAGAUAGACUACUGGUGCCCGGUAAUCAUGGCACAGGAAACCAAGUUGAGGAUGGCAAAUAGAGCAAGGGAAAAUCCUGAUGAAAACGGCAGUAUUGGACAAAUCAGAGAUCUUGGCAGCCAUGUUGAUCUGAAUUUGCUGAGAAUCAAAGAGAAUCUGGAUGAAAUGUCCGCAGGAGUGAAACGUGAAAUGAGCAUCACAGCCAACCUUUAUGAGGAAUAAGAUGCACCAGCAGAAGAACGAAGAAGACAUGUACGUGAAGAGAAAUAAUUGAUGAUUAUCAUACACUUUUGUUGUUAAUAAAUAUAUUGUUAUUUGGU